AUGAGUCUCACAUUAAGGUUAGAGGGGCUGGUCAGGUCGAGGUGGCCAUUGUUGGCGACGUGGAGGCUGGCUCGAAUGAACACUUGGGUUCGGUUAUUACUGGGUAGAGUGAACCUGGGAUCUGUGAAUUCUACUAUGAAAUCCAGCCACACUGGCUUUGUAGUGGGCAGGGGUUUUAGUGGAUCUCAAAUGCACCAAGUGCAUGGCCCAUUACCAACCUCCGCCGACAUCGCUAGGCUUCUGCAACACUUGCCUGAGCAGAGUGGGGGUGUUGGUUAA